CCCCGCUACCUUCCCGCCCACGGAGGGCGCGCCCUCGAGUGGCUUCGCCCUAGCCUGCCCCGGGGCGGGCCCGGGUAUGGCUCGUUCUGAACGAGCAGCUCGUCUCGUCCUCUUACCGCGUGGUAUUAAAUGGUCUAGACUAAGGGUGAACUACGACUGAAAACAUGGACAGCUGAGAAUCUCCACAGAGCUGAGACUCCACACUCAGGAAUUCAAGAAAGCCUUGUCCAGUAAAGCUGGCAUUAGCCUUGUGUGAAGUAAUAGCAAAGUAGAUCUGGAGAUCAAUAGUAAAGAACAAUACAAAGAAAUUGAUCGGUGUGGUCUACAGAAAAGAUGUCUGGAAAGAAGCAUCAUGAUAAGGAGAGCUGCUCUGCUCUUGAAAUGAUUGAUUUCAAGAAUGCUUUGGAGCAAUUCCAGAAUCUAGUUGAAAAAAUGAUCAUCCAGAAGACCAAGGAGAGUUCAGGCUUGUAUACUAAAGAUGAUGAUGAGAUAGACUAUGAUAAGUUCUAUACAACCACACAAACACUUUUUGGUCCAGCAGUCAAGGAUCAGAAUAUUCAGGCCUUUUUCAGGAAGAUCGUCAGCAACCCUGAUGAAAAGCCAGAAUGGCUUGAGGUUUUUGGCUGUUUCCUAGGAGAAGAUGAUGGCACGUCUUCCCCCUCGAAAGAAAGCAUGGUUUUGCUUGUAUCUGAAAAACAGCAGAUUACUCAUUCAGUUGUCAAGAGAAAAGACGUCGUUAAGGGUAUAGUGAAGGUGCCCCUUCUGCAUUUCACAGUAACAGCCUCUCAGAGAGGAGUGCUAACUGUUUUUAGCAAACAGAUGAAGGUUCUGGCAACCAUCAAUGUUGAAGAUACUGCUUGGAUCACUGGAUGUGAUUUCCUGCCUAAUCUGAAAUAUGUCGUGGCUGUAACUGAAAGCACAGUCAUUCUCUGGGACUAUAAAUCAAAAGAGAGACAGAAUAAUGGUUUUGUCAUCAAACCAAUGAAAAACUGUCUGCUCUGUGUUUCUACGGUGACAAUGUCAGAUCACCUGGCUAAGGAUACCAUCUUAAUGGGAGAUGACAAGGGUUAUGUUUAUCUGCUUACUCUGACCAGUGAUGACUUCAUAAUGAAACAAUCUAAAGCUGAAAAAGAAUCACAAUUUAGGUUCAUGGACUCUGAAUCUUUUAACAUGCCUAAACGCAAGCUACAUGACGACUGGGUUGUGAAGAUUAAGUAUAUUUCUGCCCUAAAACGUUUUGCAUCCUGCUCUACAGACAGUAUUCAUUCAUUUGUUUUGGAUGACAUAAAGCGACUAGAGGACAACCUACCUGUAAAGGAAUUUUCUGUCUCUAAAGGAGUAAAUGCCUUCACAUACUGUGGAAAGGCAAAAGUCAUUGUCACUGGAGGUAAUGACAGAAUCCUUCGUUUGUGGAAUCCUGCUGUUAAUUUUAGUCCUACAGGGAAGCUAUUAGGACACAGACACAGUGUUGUGGAAAUUGUGACCAAUGAGAAAGAUCAACAUGUCAUCAGCCUUUCCUGUGCAAAGAAGAGCACCCCAGCACAGAAGGAACUGAUCCAGAUUGCAAUCCUGGAGAGGAUAACAGAGUCGUUUACUGGGGCUGUUGCCGCCAAGGUUUUUAGAGUAUGGGAUAUACAGACCCUUUCACCGCUGCAGGUCUUCUACGAAAAUCAAGGGAGUCCUGAAGAGAUGAAUGCCUUUCCCAUGGUAUUUGACAAUGAUCAUGGCAUGCUUCUCAUGGGUUCAGAAGUCAUUGAUAUUUAUCCCCUAGCUAGUGUGAUACAAGAUUCAAAAGAGUUGCCUCAGACACAUGAGAAAAGCCUCAAUGUUCUGCUUUACAACAGGGCUUUUCACCAGAUUCUCAGCAUUUGCACUCAGUCAAUACUGAAGGUCUGGGACCUAGAAACAGGAUCUCAAAUAUAUCAAAUAGGAGAUGCACAUGGGCUGAAUACUGAAGUGACCUGUGCAGCUAUUGAAAUAAAUGGGGUUUAUCUUGCUACUGGGGCAUGUGAUGGAACAGUGAAAAUUUGGGAGUUUGAAAGUGGACAAGAAGUUAAAGCCUUGCCUUUAGCACAACACAGCAAAGACAAGCGUCGUGUGCUGAAGAUAGUAUAUCUGAAGGCUGAUGAGGGUCAACAUGCAAUUGUUGUUUUGGAGCAGAGAGGGAAGAUGAAAAUCAUUCAGGGUGACUCAGCUCAAACAGAUCUAUAUGUCACAUGGGUGCUUCCUGAGGUAGUGCCAUUUCCACGAAGGAAUCCAGUUGUAUAUCUGUCACUGAAGCCCGGCUCCUUAAAAACACAAGAUUUUUUUCCAGAGAUUCGGCUUCUAUGUAACACCAGUUCUUUGAAAAAUGAUACAGAGACUUUUAUAUCUUCUGUGGAAAUUAAAUGUUUUGAUGUUUUAAAAGUAGAAGGAUGCAGAUUGAUAGCUACAGGAAGUACAAAUGGUGAAAUAAAUUUGUGGGAUUUUGAAUCUGCCUCUGUGAAAUGCCUGCGUAAAACUAAUGAAGACAGCCGGGGCUCUGGAGUCAAUGCCAUAUUAUUCCUUGUACACAGUGUUUUCUCUUCCAGGAAAAGAAGUUCCCUGUCCUCUACUGCUACUGGGAGGAGUGAUGCCAGUGCCAUUCCAGAGCACAAGAGAAGUUCUUCGGACUUACCUGAGGAAAAUACGGAAAGUGAUGAAAUUAAUACUGAAAUAAAAACAGAAGAAACAGCUAGCUGUAAGAACACCCCGAAUGUGAAGAUGAAUGUACAGUUGUUGAAGGCUAAAGCAGGACAAUCACCUCUUCUUGCUUCUGCUCAUGCAAGUAGCUGUAUCCGCCUAUGGAGUAUUCAGGGAAACUUAAUGAAAGAACUUUUGCCAUUUUCGGAACAUCCCUCAGGUCCUCUGACAGUGCUGUGUACAGACACCUUCACUAAAAUUCUCCUGGCAGGCAGUAAAGAGGGACAUAUUAUUCGCUGGAACAUUGCCUCAUUCUUAGAAGAUUCACAAAAUAAAAAAAAUGAAAUAAGGGAGGAGCUCUGCUGGAGGGCACAUGCUACUGAAGUGGUUGACUUACUUAUUGAAGAGGAGAAAAAUGUGGUAGUGACAGCAUCCACUGAUGGUUCAGUCAGGCUUUGGCAUGCCAUGACUGGAUACUAUUUUGGUUACUUUGGACAAGCCAGGAAGUUUGAAUUAUCAGAUACCAGUCGGUUGAUUUUGCCUUCUGAUGUUAAUAACUUUCCUGCCAUAAUUAAAGCAGAGAGCAAACAUAUGGAAAAGAAGAAGGUUAAAUAUCCUCUCAUGCUGGACAGAGACAAGUGGAAGUCACUGACCAGAUCACCUUCAGUUUCAGAAAAGGCUGGACAUCGGGGCUUCAAGUUUUUCAAAGCUUUGGCUCCUGAAAAGAUCCAACCUUUGGAAACUUUUGAGUUUGUAUGCAAAGAGGCUGGUUCAGUAUUUGCAUUUCUUCCUAUAUAUGAGCUUGAGAAUCCAGUUGAAGUGAGGAUGCCAAAAAGUCUUCAAAGGAUGAAAGUUGAGAAGUCCAGUCCCAAGGGAUGGGAAAUGGAUACAGAUUCCAUUGAAGACUUGAGUCAAGACCAGUAAAUGUGGUUUCCAUCUUCAUUAAAGUGGAUUAGCAGAUUUCUUUUAUUAUUUUUUCUCUGUUUUUUUAAAACGAUAUUUAAAUCCAUUUCAUUAUUAAGUAGAACAUAUAGAAAACAAAUCUUUACUUCUAUUCCAAUCCAUCAUGCAGAGAAUAAAUUCUAAUAAGGGCAGUGUAUGAUUAUAACUA